GAUGAAAUUAAAUCUUUGGUGCCCAAACUGCCAGAAGGUGAGCGGGAAUUAUCUUGGGCAAUCGGAAUUAAUCCUUCAUUUAAACCGACCAAUCGGUGGGAUAUUAUUGUUUGGGAUUAUUUCACGGAGGAUUACACUUUAACUUGCCCUGGGGAAGUACCAAAGUGCGAUUUAACUGGUGUAGACAAACUAGACAUUCAGAAUAUUCUACAGAUUGCAUUGGAUCGACUAAAUGAGAAAUAUAACCCACAAGGUUUGAUCCUCGAGAAGAGGAAGUUAAUCAACGGGUACCGAAGAUUUGAUCCUCAGAGAGGAAUGGAGUACAUUCUUGAUCUUCUUCUAACCGUCAUCAUCGAGAACGAAAAUCAAGAAAUUGAGCUGAGUCAUCGUGUUAAUAUGCUCCGUCCGCUGAGUCAGGUUGAAAUUAUUCCAAUGCCUUAUGUGACUGAAUCAGCCAAAGUUCAUAUAAUUCUCCCUCUCACCAAGCAAGAACGAGUUUAUUUUGAAGCUUUCAUGGAUAAAUAUGCCAAGGUUUGUUUAAACAAUGAUGAAAAUGUUGCUUUAAACAUCGUGUUCGUGUAUGACCCUGAAACUGCACAACGUAUUCAUCAAGAUGAUAUAUUUGCUGAGCAGAAACAACUUUUGCAAAGUUACGAGGCGCGUUAUAAGAAAGAUGGGAAAGAAGGAAAAUUGAUUCCCUGGGUUAGCAUUAAAACUGAAGUUCCUUCACAGGUGAGAGGUGUAUGUAUGUAUCAUGUAUGUAUCAGUAUGUAUGUACUAGCUAAUUACAGUUAACAAUAUUUCACAUAU